UUACAAUACAAGUUUCAUUUAUAAAGGCUCCAUUUCUUGGUUUCUUUGUGUGUAAUUGCCAGCCUCUUGAAAAUCUCAAGUGAUUCCUUCAUAGACUUGAGACGGACGCAACCGGAAAGUAUAUCACUCGUGAAACGGACAGCCGGCGGUUCGCCAGAGAAAGAUAAAAAUUUGUACUUUUUUUUGCACAGUAAAGAUUCCACCAUGAGCAGUGUACAUAACAGCGUGGAGACUGUAAAUGCUGCAGCAACUGCCAUAGUCACUGCUGAGACCAGAGUCCAACCAUCUACAGUACAGAAGAGAAGAUGGGGAAGCUUCUGGAGUCUAUACUGGUGUUUUGGCUCUCACAAACACAGCAAACGAAUUGGUCAUGCUGUCCUUGUUCCUGAACCGUCUGCACCUGCAUCCAUUGCCGAUAAUCUUAACCAUUCCGCCACCAUAUUGUUUCCCUUCAUAGCCCCUCCCUCGUCUCCUACGUAUUUUCUGCAAUCGGAUCCUCCCUCUGCAACGCAAUCACCUUCCGGUUUACUUUCCCUUACAUCACUUUCCAUUAAUGCACUCUCUCCGGGUGGGACUGCAUCCAUUUUUACAGUUGGACCCUAUGCUCACGAGACUCAAUUAGUUUCGCCUCCAGUAUUUUCUACUUUCACCACUGAACCAUCAACUGCUUCUUUCACUCCCCCUCCGGAACCAGUUCAAAUGACAACACCUUCUUCACCAGAAGUGCCAUUUGCUCAACUUUUGACAUCAUCAUUGGCACGGGAUCGGAGAAACAGUUGGACAAACUUGAAAUUCUCAUUAUCACAGUACGAGUUCAAGCCUUAUCAAUACCCUGGAAGCCCUGGUGGUCAUAGUAAAACACCGGGCUCUGCCUUUUCUACUUCGGGAACUUCUUCACCAUUUCCUGAUAAAUAUCCUGUUAUUGAGUUCCGCAUUGGGGAAGUUCCUAAAUUUCUUGGCUACGAACACAUCUCCAAUCGUAAAUGGGGUUCAAGAGUGGGUUCUGGAUCGUUGACACCAAUUGGUUGGGGUUCAAGGCUAGGCUCUGGAACUUUGACGCCAAAUGGUGGGAUUUCGAGAUUAGGUUCCGGAACUUUGACGCCUAAUGGCGGAGAACCACCCUCUAGGGACAGUUACCUUCUCGAGAGCCAAAUUUCUGAAGUCGCAUCUCUUUCCAAUUCAGAUAGUGGAUCUCAAAAUGAGGAAGUCGUAGUUGAUCAUAGAGUUUCAUUUGAACUGACUGGUGAAGAUAUUCCAACUUGCGUGGUAAAGGAGUCGCUUGCAUCAUUCGAAAGUGCAUCAGAAACUCUAUGGGAUAAAGUAGCUGAAGGCAACACUCGGAGAGAUUUGACAUUAGAGGAAGGAGACAUUUCCAGUGAACUUUAUGCAAGGAAAAUUGUAAACGAAUAUUCUGGGAAGGCUUUACAUGGGAAGAGAGAUAAAUUUGAUCAAAAGCAUCGUACAAUCUCACUAGGUUCGAGCAAAGAUUUCAAUUUCGACAAUACAAAAGGAGAGAUCUUAGACAAGUCGACUAUCAACUGUGAGUGGUGGACGAACGACAAAGAUGCCAGGAAGGAAUUAAGUAAAAACAGCUGGACUUUUUUCCCAGUGCUUCAGCCCAGGGUUAGCUGAUGCUAACAAUAGACGAGCUCUGUUUUGUCAUCACCAUAUAAAGAUUAAGGAUUCAAUUUGCAGAACUUGGUACUCUUACAGGUGCAAACUUAGAAUGCAGUUCCAAGAUUAAAGAUUUUACAAGCCUGUGUCAAUUGUAUCGAAAUGGAUCCACACUUCAACUCAAAAAAUUGAACAGGUACUUCUGACUUCCGCGAUGUGGGGAAAUAUUUCUCGGUUAUUCUAAUUUAAGAAUGUCUUUUGAGAUUU